UCAUUGCACUAGUGCAUGUAGCCGACGUAGACAAAAGUUAUUUAGAAUUGAUUUGAGAUUACAUUCUAUUUGCCACACAUUACAAGUUUAGUUAAAGAGCGCUGCUGCCGCAUUUCACAUUUGUUAGUGCAUUAGCAAGUCGGACUCUUGCUUCGCAGCUAACAAAUUGCUUCUGCUACCUUGCGCACACAGUCAAUCAUAUAAAUAAGCGCGUUUCGAGAGCAGGUCUUGCAUUUGCAGCAAAACAGUGCUCACGCACGUGCAACAGAAUACCUAGACUCCUGCAAGCCCGCUAAAGACGAAUUCCCCUCACAUUCAGCAACUGCAGCAUGUCCCAACAACCUGUUGCAUUUUUGACGCGCCGCGAAACGUUCAGCGCUUGCCAUCGCCUGCACAGUCCUCAGUUGAGCGAUGCCGAAAAUUUGGAAGUCUUUGGCAAAUGCAAUAAUUUCAAUGGACAUGGUCACAAUUAUACGGUCGAAUUGACUGUGCGCGGUCCCAUCGAUCAACGUACUGGCAUGGUGCUGAACAUAACAGAACUAAAGUAUGCUAUUGAGGCGGUCAUUAUGAAGCGCCUGGAUCACAAGAAUCUGGACAAGGAUGUGGAAUACUUUGCCAAAAUUCCGAGCACCACAGAGAACCUGGCCGUAUAUAUUUGGGAUAAUAUACGCACACAUCUCAAGAAGCCGGAGCUUCUCUAUGAGGUAAAGAUAUUCGAGACGCCAAAGAAUAUUGUUACCUAUCGCGGGCCGUAUCAAUUGAAUGGCCUGUACAACUCAUUGAAUAAGCGCACUGCACGCGAUUCGUGCACCAAUAUCUCAUCCGAUUCGGAUUAAAUGUGGCAAAAUAUAUACUUACGAAUUUUUUGUUUUUGGACCAAUGCUCAGUGAAGCACAACUAAAAUACUUACACCUACUGUGAAAUUGCACAUAAUAACACAUAUUUAGUUAUUAUCAAGCGAGUUAUACGAUUUACAAAGUAUAUGUUUAGAAUUAAAUGUAUUCAAAUGAAAAUCAUGAGAAUUAUAUGGAAUAAAUACUGUAACAACA